AUGCCGGCAUCCUUGAACGACACAUACUACACGCUGGGAGAAUUGCGCUGCUGGGUGGCUGUCGCACCAAAGGCGUUCCCCCCACUGGCCAUUUUGGGGAAAGGCUCUAAGCGGCCGGUCGCGCCCUUUGGCAUCUGCCGCCGAGACGUCGUAUUCCGAAGCGAAGCCGAAUGCGAGAAACCUUGUUGGAACGGCCGGUCGUCCCCGCAUCCACAUAACGCAACAGCGCAUGUUGUCCGUAUUCCGUAUUCGCAUUCUACAAAAACCCUACACCGCGCCCUAAACCUCUUGACCGAACAUCAGCGUCAGCCUUGA